UUCACCUCGCUACUUGACGUUCGCGUGUGGUGUGUUGGGGAAGGCGCAUCAUUUGUGCUACUUGGGAGUGUUUAGCAGUUUUCUUGUUUGUUUGUUUGUUUGUUCCCGGUAAAAGGCGCAAUAUUUUAUUCCACGAGGGAAUACAGAACAAACCCGCAGUGUUUGUGAAGACUUUCGUAAAUUUAUUUGAUAUCCGGUUGACUGAAACUGUCAUCCUUAGCCCGCUGACGGUGACCAGUUCCCACCGUACUGCCGCGAGUGUGACCGCAUGGUGCUAUAAUAAACAGUGUACCGCUCGGGCAAUCGACACUAAAAUGGCCCCCUACUCGUCCGAAAGCGAACAUCAAGAGCCAUCACUCGAGCGAUCGGCACCGGCAAUGGAGGGCGCGGACAUUUUGAACGGGCUACCAUCGAGCGCGGUACCGGAGUGCAGUGCCAGCAAACGGGGCCAACGGUACGCGUGCGAAUUUUGUCAGCAAACGUUCAAACGACGGGACGAACACGACCGGCAUCGCUUUUCGCACACCGGUGUGUACGAGUACAUGUGUCUGGAACCGGGCUGCGGGAAAGGCUACUCUAACCGAUCGCAUCUGCUCCGUCACACGCGCGCGAACCAUCUCGAGCGACCGGUCCAAUCCCAACCGGAGCUACCCUGCAAGCAUCCCAACUGUACGAUGAAGUUUUCGAACAAACACGCCAUGAAGCGUCACUACCAGGUAAAGCACGUACUGGGCAAACCGUACGCGUGCGACGUAUGCAGCGAGCGGUUCUGGCGCAAGUUGCAGCUGAAGCUACACAAGGUACGGCACACGGGCGAGUAUCCACAUCGCUGUGACCAUUGCAAUCAGGGUUUUGUGAAUCUCAAAUCGAUGCGUGACCAUCGCUGCAAACGGAACGCCCAAACGUGUGCCGACUGCUCGAAAGAAUUUGCCCGCUGGACGGAGCUGGUGGCACAUCGGCGGCUGGAACAUCCGGCCGAGUUCCGGUGCGAACAGUGCGGUAAGCUGUUCCACACGAAGCGUAACCUUAAUCUGCACGGCCGGGUGCAUCGGGCGGACGCGGAGCGUGUGGUGUACGAGUGUCCGCAUGCCGGGUGUCCUCGGUUUUACGAGCACGAGCGUAACCUGUACGCGCACGUCCGGGCGAAACACGAUAAACGGAAGGGGUCGGAGCAUGUGUGUCCGGUGGAGGACUGUGGGCGGGUGCUGGCCACCAAACAGAAGCUCGAUCAGCACCAGAAGUUGCAUCUGCGCGCAUCGAAAGUGACCGGCCGGAAGAAAACGAAACCGGCGGCGGUGGAAGGAUGUAGCAGUAAGGAUGCGGUCGGUACGAGCAGCAAGGAGGAAACCACGGCCGAGAAGGUGGCUCUCCCGGUGAAGCUCGAUCAAAAGAGCCAGCACGAUGUUACCACCGACUCGGAGGUGGAAAACACGCAAACGGUGCAGGAAUUGCUAGAAUCGAACGUGCAGCUCUUGUGUACGCAGCUCGAUACGCUACGUUCGAGUUUGGCUCCUAUGUAGGUCCCACUCUGUGCCUCGGUUUUUUGAAUUUAGGGAUUUCGUUUGCCUAUAUUUCGAUAGAUAUUCGGUUUUUUAAUUCGUCUGUAUUACUGCACGUCCAAAGCAAAUUUCUUUUAGCUAUUUAUCGAUGGUUUCAUGCAUGUACAUCAAGUGCCGUAUAUUUCAAACAGCGAAGAAGAUUAGGAUGCAUGCAUCCUGAUAGGGAUAUUAGGCUCAAAUCAUGUGAAAAUCUAAUUUAAGUGUAAUGAGCGCCUUAUUCUUUUUAAUUAGUAUCGGUUAUGAAUUUUGCUACGGCUUAGAUAGGGUAGAUGUUAAUUAUAGUUUUCUUUAAGGUGUUGUUUGGAUAGUAAUAUCCAAACGCAAAUCAAUGCUUAGGUACUGCUUUAAGUUAUCGCUUCGUAUCCGUGCACACAUCAUCACGUGUUGCAGCCAUGGAUACGAAGCAUAUCGAGUUAUUAGUUAAGUUGUUCUUACUGCAAUAUUUGUGGCAGUUGUAGCAUGUAGUUUCAGGAUUUAAACUCAAAUUGUUUUUGCACGUUAUCGCAAACCCAUGUGGUGUACGUGUGUGCCCGGAAAGAAUUUUCCCAAUCGUUAGCAGAAAAAGAGAAAAUAUAGUAAGAGCGAGCGAAUUAUGCAUACACAGAUUAAAAACA